AUGUUCCCCGAUCGCGUGGAGAGGAUCGUCCUCGGUGGCGUAAUGAACUCGCACCCGUACUACAACUCCUUUGUACGUCCCCUUUCCCCACCCUCCACCACGACAUCCGAGAGUCCGAGCCAGCUCAUCAGCUCUUCACCUUCUUCCGCAAUAUCCCGCCAGUGUACCGGGACGCGUAACGUAGUCGAGUACACGCUCUCCACGAGCCGGAUCUACAAACGCCUCGUACCGGCCCUCGUUCUUGGCCCGGCGCUCGCCGACGCGCCCAACGACAUCGUCGCGCGCGGCUCGCUCGACCGCUUCGCGGCGUUCGUGCGCGACGGCUCCGGCGGCAACGCCGUCCCGCGGCGGGACCAGGCGAUCCUGGGGAUCCAGUGCGGCGACAAGGUUUUACGGACGGGCGAUCUGGCGACCUGGCGCCCGGACCUUGACGCGUAUAAGAGGGCGAGCAGGUGGUUCUGGGAUUGGGCGUGGGGAUACUACCGCACGUUAUGCCGUGCGCGCGGUGGAAGGUCGAGCGAGGCUAAGGAGCGGUACGAGAGCGACUUCCGCGUCAGAACCGGGUUUUCGAUGUUGUUUGUCGGGAACAUGUGGGAUCCCGUCAUGGCGCUUGUGUGGGCGAGAAAUCCGGGUGAUGGGUUUGAGCAUCUGUCUCUGACACAACCGUCAAAUUGCACGAACGGGUACAUUCGGGACUACUUCCUUGAAGACACGUUGCCUUCGCCGGGACCAGUGUGCCAGGCUAAUCUUCCCCUGUUUUCUACUAGUAGUUAG